UUGUCUAGUGUGAAGAAGCAACUUGAUGAUGAACGAUCUACAAUUGUCAAUCAAGUAAAGUCUUUGGAUAGCCGUUUCGAAGAAUUGGAUAAAAAUUUUGUUGGCGCGAUUAAUGCUGUGGAUAGCUUAGUUCGUGUACAUGAUGAAACAAAGUCAGGUGUAGCAGCUUCUGAAAGUGCUAAAAGAACUUGUUUAGAAAGUAGACUUGACAGUUUGAAAAGUAAAUUUGAUUAUGUGAUGCAUUGUGUUGAAAGUUUAGUUCGACUGCAUAGCGAAAAGAAAUCUUGUAAAGCUUGUAAAGCAAGGUCUACAAAAAAUGAGACGUCUCCCAUGCUCGAUAUGCUCUGUGAUGCUGCUGUUUCUUCAUCAAGUCAACUGUCUGAUAAAACUCAAACUAUUUCUCAGUUUGAAAAGGAAUAUGUGAAAGAAAAUAAAGACCGCGCAAAAAAAGAAGCACUUAAAGAAAUUGCUGCAAUUAAUGAUGCUUUUCAAUGCGGAGAUAUUUUGUUUUCUUCUAAUGAAGCAUCACAAAAUGUAAAUGAAGUAGCAGCUGCUGUUGAAGAUAGUAGAAAACGUCCGAGAUGCGAAGAUGGAAACAAAGAAGAAGAUGGUAGUAGAAAACGUCCGAGAUGCGAAGAUGGAAACAAAGAAGAUGAUGGUUAUCCUAAUUGGUAUUUGCUUACACCAAGCAGUACUCCAGUUGAGAAACGGUUGAGUUCUGCUACUGAAGAUAUAUACUGUACUGCAGAAGAGUUAGGAAAGUGA